GAGAAAAUGAAAAUCUGCUUGUGAUUUGGUAGAAAACCGCGUUCUAGUCGUAAAUGGUGGGUAAAAACAAUCCGGGAGGAUGGAUGGAUGGAUGAUUCCCCGGAGUUUGUGGAUGAAUGUCGGGAAGAUUUAGGAAAGCGUCUGUAUAAAUGAGAGUUCUAAUAUCCAAACAGUGAGUCAUGAAGGAUUGGCUGAAGAAAAUGACAUCAUAAGUCUCUCUCUCUAUCUCUCUGCUGCUUCUUCCAGAGAGCGCUGCGCGGUGAGGAGCGCAGCGGAGCGGUGCGCCUGGAUGGCAUGGAGCUCAAAUCACCGCGAUCCUAAUUAGAUGUUAACAAAGACUCGGACUGAAACCAAAUCAAGCUCCAGGAAGGAGGGGGAAAAAAGUCCAAACAUCGAUUCUGAUUCCAGCGGAGGGUCGAGGCGGCAGGAGCCUGAGCGGGAAAAACUUGGCUUUCGCUCUUUUGCCAUGAAACAUGAUUAAUGAAAGCAGUGAAGUUGGAGGCUUUCAGCCUCACUGGAGCUUCGGCGGGUCGUUGGGCAACCAGUCAGCUGACCUGUUCUCCAACAUCUCCUGUAAUGAGUCGACCAACGGUUCCACAUCCUGCUCUCUUCCCGACGACAACGCGAGGCCUGGAAGUUCGUAUAAAACCGUGGAGAUGUUUUUUAUUGCUUUGGUGACUGGAUCUCUGAGCUUUGUGACUGUGACUGGAAACAUAUUAGUCAUGCUGUCCAUCAAAGUGAACCGCCACUUACAGACUGUCAAUAACUAUUUUUUAUUUUCCCUGGCCUGUGCUGACCUGAUCAUCGGAGUUUUCAGCAUGAACUUGUACACAGUCUACAUCAUUGUUGGCUCCUGGCCCCUGGGACCGGUCGUCUGCGAUCUGUGGCUAGCUUUAGAUUACGUUGUCUCGAACGCUUCUGUGAUGAACUUAUUGAUCAUCAGCUUCGAUCGCUACUUCUGCGUGACCAAACCCCUGACGUAUCCCACCAGAAGGACAACCAAGAUGGCGGGACUAAUGAUCGCUGCAGCGUGGAUCCUGUCGUUCAUCUUGUGGGCUCCAGCCAUCUUGUUCUGGCAGUUCAUUGUCGGGGAGCGAACAGUGCCAGCAGGAGAAUGCUACAUUCAGUUCCUUUCUAACCCCGCAGUGACCUUUGGGACGGCUAUAGCGGCCUUCUAUCUGCCCGUCGUUAUUAUGACAGUCUUGUACAUCAACAUCUCCUUGGCUUCCAGGAGCAGAGUCUCCAAACACAAACCUGAGAAGAAAGAGAAGAAGGGGAUCAAACCUCCCAACCUGCUAAAGAGUCACAUGAUAAAGCAGAACAACAACAACGACACCAGCCCUCAAGUCAGUCCUCGCUCCACUCCCAAGGCCAGCCUGGACUCCACCACCACCGCCCUGGAUGGAGUAAAGAACGGCCAGGUGGAGGAACAGAAACCUUCCCAAGUCGAAGCCCUGGGGCACCCCAGUCCCAGACUGGCACAGGAGGAGAAGGAGAGCUCCAACGACUCGUCCACAGCUUUUAUCCCUCCAACAGAACCAAAGGCCAACAGCGAGGCGACGUCUGAGGCGGCUACAAAUCCCAAUCCAGUUGUCACGACAACAUCCAACUCUGCCCUUACCAAGAUGAACCCAUCGUCAAGGUGGUCCAAGAUAAAGAUAGUCACGAAGCAGGCGGGCGACGAAUGCAUCACAGCGAUAGAGAUCGUCCCGCCGGUGGAGGGAGCGGAGAGGCGCUCCAUCCCAAUCAGCCGCCCCAGAACCGUGGCAAGAAAGUUUGCCAGCAUCGCGAGAAGCCAAGUGAAGAGGAAAAGACAGAUGGCUGCCAGAGAAAAGAAAGUAACCAAGACCAUCUUUGCCAUCCUCCUGGCUUUCAUCAUUACAUGGACACCGUAUAAUGUCAUGGUGCUGAUAUCCACCUUCUGUCAGUCCUGUGUCCCUGACACCGUGUGGGCGAUUGGCUACUGGCUAUGUUAUGUCAACUCCACCAUCAACCCAGCUUGUUACGCACUGUGCAAUGCCACAUUCAAGAAGACUUUCAAAAACCUGCUGCUGUGCCAGUAUAAAAAUAUAGGUACGAGAUGAGAUGAAAGAAGAAGAUAAAGGGUGGGAGGGCAGGGGAGGGAGAAGGAGGGGAGAUGUAAGCCACGUCAAAGGAGGAACAGAGGAAACACUAUAAAGGUGAGUGACAAGAAGUCUGGAUAAAUAAAAGCAUAAAUCUGUGAAAUUUAACGAGUUCUGGCAUAUGGCGGGGGAUAUGCAUCUAUUUAUUCUGCAAGUUAAAGCAAACAGGCGAGAGAGCUCCCCAGCUUCCCUUUACCACAGAGUGGAAAAGCUCCUACAGCCGUAAGACAAAGUGAAUGUGGGCUGGGAAGGAAGGAACAACUGUAAAGUGUGGAGACCAUGAAUGGAAAUAAAAGCUUGUGGAGACAAAACUAAAACAGAGCACUCACUCGGCGGCGGCAGUGGCGUUGCUCAGAUUUGAGUGUUUUCGUGUAUAUUCGGAUCAGCUGAGGACAGCUUGGAUAUUCUGUCAUUUUCCCCCAUAAUGAAUUAUUCCCCAGCAGAAAUCCCCGCAAAGUCAUGCGUUCAAGUUCUGGUGUGAUGCGGACUCUAUUAUAUCAAAGUACCGAGGGCAGUUGUGUGGGUAAUUGGCCACUGGCUGAGUUGUGACAGUUCAACUAUCGACCCAGACGGGUAAAAGUUGGUCCAGAAUCAUUAAAAAGUUCUUCUUGUUCCUGCAGUUGAUCUGAAAUCAACUGUUUGUACAGAAAGGAAACAAGAGACGGAUUAAAAUAAGGGAGAAUAGGUAGCUGCGUUUCCAUUGACCACAUAAUUGCGCAAUUUGACAUUUCAAAAAUAAAUUUGCUUAAUAGAAACAUGCCAAUUUAAAAAACAAAUUUGUUUUCUGAUUUUAAAAAAAAGCGAUUUAGCACUAGGAUGAGGUGGUUUUUCAGCAGUAUUGAAAUUGAUUUAUCUUGCAAAUAGGAGGAUCAUGAUGCAGCAUCACAUGAACAAACUUAACGUGUGAUUUUUUUUAUUUUAUGCACGACAACUGUGAAAUUGUCUUUACUUUGACAUUAAAUUUAAUCCCUAAUGGAAACUCAGCUAGAGGCUUCCACUCCGAAAAUAAGUUUCAGAUUUAACAUCUAUUGAGACAUAACUGAAGUAUCCAUAGCGAGUUUCAACAGAGUCUGGUCAGGUCAAAGAUUUUCCAUUAAGUAACGUUUUAGCCGUAACAUAAAGGAAUUUCUCUGGUCUGCUCACGACAAAGUCAGCGUAAGCUCCAUAUUCCGAAAGUGACCCAUUGGACGGAUGAGGAUGUUAAGAGAAGAAAAGAAAAGGUGUUUCAGGAAGUCCCAGAGUACGCUGGAGAUGAGGCCAUCAGUGACCGAACCUGGGGCAGAAAAGGAAGGCAGCUCUGCCUCAGAAUCAUGUCCUACCUGAUAAUGGUUGAGUUUGUCAUUUGGAAAGAGAGAGGACAUUCUGAUGUUUAAUAUUUCUUUAGUUAUGGAUGAUAUAUUCAUUUAAAUCCACCUGAUUUAUUCAUUAGCACCAAUAUGUUAAUGAUUUCUAAAUAUCUCUCCCGCUAAUGUUAUUGUUUUUAGCUGUAUUAGCCCCUUUGAGUAAUAUAUUGAAAUCAGACAUAAAAAUAGAAUUUCAAGUGCUUAACAUUUGUUUAAAAAAAUCCAUUUUUAAUAUUUAGUUUUGAGAUUUAUUUUAAAUAUCUCAGUAAUUACAUGUUUUCAAACCUCCAGUUAAAGUAAUUAUAUUUCUUCUGUCAUCAGAAGAACUACAAUGUUUAGAGCAGCUUAUUUUAGUCCUACCGAAUAAGAUUAAGUUAAGGGAGGGAUUAUAUUUAUAAUUCAAAUUGCCACAGCACAUAUAUCUUUAUAUUUGAAGAUCUCAAAGAAUAAACAAAAUAACUUGUGGGCUUUCAUCGGCUGCCGCGUCUUGAAACAAGGUUGAGAUUUGUUGUAGCAGAAGCAUCUGAACCAAGCAUUACUUAUUCAUUGCUUACUUUUUUCUUAAAUUAAACUUCAGUGCUAAUCCAGUCACUGAACGUUAGUCAAUUUGAAGUUUGUGAUGCGUUUAUUUCAUUAGUAAAAACCCAAAACAACAUAGCUGUGUUCAGCAUUGUGGAUCUCCUCUUGUGCUGUAAAAAAAACAUUUUCCUCUUACAUAUUGCAUUAGUUUUUGCUUUUCCUAUCAGAUCUUUAAAACCCCUUAACUGCCACCUUCAAAACAUUUACAUGUUAGUCAAUGUUAGUCAACUUCAAUGUCCUCAUGACAGUUAAAGGGUUAAACUGAUAUAAAUAUUAGAGUAAAAGGAAAUAUGGCUUACUCUGCUUUGUUGGUAUUUGUGUGCAACCAAAGUGGAAUGUUAGCAAACAUAAACUUGUCUGAGGUCAUGCCACAUCAUCUCAGUUGGACUUAAAUCUGGUCUUUGACUAGGCCAGUUGAAAUCUGUCAGUAGUUUUGUUUGUUUUUUUCAGUUUUUGUCUGUUUUGAAAGGUGAAAAACUUUCAAUUGUUUAAAAAUCAGCUCUCAAAAACGGCUUUUUGUAUUCCAAAAACAUCAAAACUCAUUUGAUGGGCUGAGACCUUCAAAUGUCAACAAAUCCUUUUUAGAGCGCUAUGGAUGGAGUUCUGCUUGACUUCUUCUCCUCUCUACCCUCUCAGACUGGAUCAUUAUUAUGAGAUUGAGCUUGGUAGAAGUUCUCUCCACUAUAAAGCUUAAAAGCUCAAUUGAUGAGUUUGACAGUGAUGCUGUUCAGGCUUAGCAUUAAAGCAGAUGGCUGCAGUCGCCGUCUGUCUUAGAAACAAAGAGGAAUUCUUCUCCCAGGAGAGAAGAGGAAGGAACGGUUCCAGCUGCUAGAGAUUCAUUGAUGUAUCUCUCUGCUGCCACCCUCACAGGGCGAGCGAACCAGCUUAUAUAACUUGCCAGUGGGGAGGGCAGCAACUUUAAGUAGCAAGGGUGAGGUGGCUGAAGUCGCUCUGUUUAUUGAAAAUAGAUCAGGAUAAGCGGCGGAUUUGAAAGGAAGUCAGUGGGGGAGUGAUGACUACGCAGGGAGGAAGAUUUGCAGGCAGGUGGAUUAGAGGAAAGUUGCUGCUUCUUAAAAUCCUACCAGCUAACAAACCAUGAUGAUUAUAGAGCUUCAAAAUGAUAUUUUUCAGAAUAAGAGGAGGACUGAGGUGAAAGGUGGAAGAAACCCUGAGGGAGUGUGGAAACGGGUUGUUUCUGUUUUGGGUCGAAUCCUGAAUCCUGUUUCCUCAUUUCCUCAUGAUUCUCAGAAGAAACGUCUUUCAACUGCUAAUCAUACAAAAACACUUUGCAAAUAUUCACAUUUUAAUGAGAAAAUUAUCACUUUGAUGCCUACUGUUAAGUUUUUGACAUAUUAUAUCUGGAACUGACAUUUGAUCUAUUGUCAAUGAUGGACUAAAAAAAAUCUUCUUAAUUUAAAACAUUAGUGAAAUCUGUAGCUCUUAUAGAAUGUGUAUUUCGUAAUUCUUACUGAUGUGAUUUUCUCACAUCGGUAACAAAAUGUAGGGCUCUAAUAAUUAAAUGUAACAAAACAUCAUUAAGACCAUAUUAUGUAAUAACCAGCACAAAAUUAAAUGAAGUCAUAAAAUGCAUUUUGAAUCGUUUUGCCCUGAACAACAUAAGUUAGUACCGACGGUUCUUUGUAUGAUUCUGAAAAGAGCUGCGAGCAAAAGUUUGGCAUUUAUUGACAAAACUUUAAAUAACAUGAUCGUUAUUAGAAGAAUAAUGACCAGGAUGAAAAGAAACAGUUUAUAAUUGUUUAUUACAUAAUGUGCCACAUUAUUACAUUAUAAUUUCUAAAUAAUAAUUUCUGCAUUUUGUAAUAAUCGCCACAAAAUGUAACAACAUUUUGCAAGAGAAGGUAUUGCAAAAUAUGUUCAAAAAUUUUAUUACAUGUUCUGUCGAUUAUUACAUAAUGCUGCGCUACGCAGUAUUAUCAAGGCUGUUUGUUUAACAAACUGUUAAAUUGUCAACACGUAAUUUUUCUUCAAACCUCAAUCUUCCAAUCCAAAAGCUGACACCACGCAAUUAGUGAUAGCAGAGUAAAGUGUUGGAGGAUUGUGCAAGUUUUUUUAUUGGCCAAAUCUUCUGCUGCUCACAUGUUCAUCACAAAUCAGGGUUUAAAAAUGGUAAAAUCACAAAUAUCAAAGUAGUUUCAGGCGUGGCGUCAUCUUGUAGCGGCAACAAUUGUUGCCAUGCUUACAUUCACUCUUCUUAUGAUCAAAAGAUGAAUGAAGGGAUACAAUUUUCUUUAAAGACACUUGACAGAACAUAUGUUCAAAAUAUUUUAUUUAUAUUUGUUCAUUUAAAUAUUUUUACUGUCUUCCUCUUGUAGAGGUUUGUGACUGACAUUUACAGUUACAGGCAGGAAGUAAAGAGGUCUGGUCAUGUGACCUUUCACACUAGAUGCAUGAAAUUGAUUUUGCUUAGAGUUGACACAUUAUUAUUUUAUUUUAAAACUUCAAUUGGCUGCCAAACAUCAAAACAAUUGUUGUAGAGCUUCCAGAAGUUAGAAAAAAUGUCUGGCAACAAUUGUUGCUAAUUAAAUGGGUUAAUUAAGGGAUUUGGAUAGUCCUAGGAAAUGGGAAUCAGGACAAUUGUCCAAGAUCAUUUUAAUAAAUUCUUUAAAACUUUUAUUUGUAUUAUAUCUGUUGCUUUGGCAAAAAAAACAGGAACCAAAUAUCUGUUAAAGUUGGUUUUUCUUCUCAGUCAUUCAUUCAGCUAAGUAGUCAAAAGAAGAUCCCAAUUAAAGAUCCCAAUUAAACAGCCCUGGGCUGCUGAUGUGAGAAUGUUGGGACAUCUGACUGAGGGAAGCUCAACGAGAUCCAACAGAAGAACUGGCUCUGAGGGAGCAUGAAUGAGUCAAGGAGCCGCUUUCUCAGAUCACUUCAGUUACCUUAAUUAAUUCAGACUGAUACAUCCUGGCAAGAAAGCAAAUUAGCUCAUCGCUUUGUCCCAGGAGCCAAUCGUCGCCAGAAAUGGGUCUGUGAUUAGCUCCGGUUCUGGUCACCAUGUCGGAAUCCGGCGUGACGGGAUGUCACUCAGGACGCCUUCAUCAGAGACAGAACCGAGGAGCUGCGCUCAACAGAUUCCUUUUGUAAUUUAAGUAGCGAUGAAGUGAAGGCAGGAGACUUGAUUUCCCUAAUAUGGCUGAAUCACAAGGAGCUGAGUCGGCUGCUUUCACUUUAAUCCUUUAUAAACCCGUCAGUGCAGCAGAGCAAACAGGCGAAUGUGAGGAGAAUCCAACAGCACACAGAAACUCGUUUUCUCACACAAUCCCUGGAUUUGUCUUCUAGUUCGCUCAGGCCUCAGCUCUGCUGCAGAUCUCAUGUGGCAGUCAGCGAAGAUAUGACUGGAGUAAAUUUACCUCAGAAGAAGACGAGCAACAGCUGGUUUUUUUGGUUUUCAGAUCAACAAACAGAUUUUAACAUUGGAUCGAGAUGUCAUGUCAUGCAUUAAAGGGACAACUUCAUAUCUGAUGUAAGGGAUAUUUAAAUCGGGCUCGUUUCUGGUGAGAGUUGGACUCUGCCAAGGUUGCCCUUAGUAACCGGUCCUCUUCAUGUCGCUUCUAGGUGCAGCUAACGUAUUGAGGGGAUUCGCUUUGGUUGUGUCAGGAUUGGGUCUGUGCUGUUUGCAGAUGAUAUUGUUCUGUUGGCUUCAUCAGAUUGUGACCUCCAUGUGGUUAAGAAAGCUGGUGAGCUAUUCCAGUUGUUUCUAGGAAGGGCUGGGAAUGCCGAGGGAUUCCCCAGGAUGAGCUGCUCCAGGUUGGAGAGAAGUCUUCUGUCUGCUUCACACGGCGAGAUUUAAAACCUCAGAGAUCACACACACUAUGAUUU